CACUGAUUCAUAUUGGUUAAUCUAUUAAUUAUCUUAUCUUGUUUCAUUUAAUACUACAUAUUUAUACUUUAACCCGGUACGAUAGUCAGUAGCGAUUUUUGAGCGGAUUAAUUUAAUACGCAUUGAAAAAUCAUGAAAAGCUCGAUUCUCAUCGUGCUAGCAGCUUUGGCAGUCUGCCUUAGCGUAGCUGAUCAGGAAUCGCAUAUUUCAUCCGUUGGUAAUCAGAAACCGGGAGAUCGACGUCUGUGGAGAUUUGAAAAUGUAGCCGUGGGUAUGCCGGAUACACGAAGACGAAUCACUGCUCAAGUUCAGUUAGCUAAUACUAUUAAGGUUAAUUAUGUAACGUUCGAGGAUAAAGAUCCCUCGUCAGGAGGCUUUGUUUCUUACAUGGGAGGAUUUGCAAACAACCAUCUUACUGUUAUGCUACAAUCUCAGUGGGGCGGAGGAUUUCAUUUUAUUACCGAUUUAUAUGGACAGGAUUCAGGGUCAACAGAACCGGCGAACUUAAUGAGCUCCGCGGUGCAAACAAAUUGUACUAUGACAGUGGAGGAUGGAAAAACUAUCCAAACUUUUGACUGCAAUUUGGAUUUGCAUUAAAAAAGUGUAGUUUAUUC